AUGCAGAAGCCGAUUGAUGGUGGCUUUGUACACGACGACGACGACCGUCAGAGACAGACAGAAACCAUCAUGCGGGGAGCACGUUUGCUCUGGCUGGUUCUGGUGUUAAUGGGCCUUCUCUUUGUGCUCGGCGCCAUCGCGUUGGACAUCGCUGCGCUCGUUCUACAAAAGUGGGUGCGAUGGGAUUUUGCUGCGGCGUCCGGGUUUUCCUCGACGAGCCGUGGUCUCUUCUCAUCAUGUUCAGUGAAGCCUCUGCGGCGAGGUGGAGCCCAGCGUGUCAGUGCAGGAAGCAUCGCAGCAAGUUUCCAGGACGCUGACUUCGUCCAGCACCAGAUCGUACACUUGGCUUUCACUUCCAUAAUCGAUGCUGCGGUCUGCGCACUCAGCAUGGAAGUUUUGCAGGAAAACCAAACUGUGAAGGGCAAAAUCAAGCAUAAAAUCAUUUUUUUUCGCUGCAAAUAA